GGAAAGGAACCAGCGCACGUUAACCCGCCUCAAAACAUGCGAUCUUUCAGUUUCUCCUUCCUCUCUUUUCCUGAAAAGCAUUUCCUCCCAUUUCUUUCUUUUUUCUAUCCAUCGCUACGAAAAAUCUCCAACGUGUCUGAAAUCCGUUUCCAGAAUCCUCGCCCUUUCUCCCUUUCGAUCGAUUAUUCUCCUUGAUACGAGCCAAACGAAUGCAGAUUCGUCUGAAACGGCCGACUAUCGAUAGAUCAUUCGAAGGUUCUCGCGAUCAAGGUAAUAUUCUUCGGCACUGCCCCCAUUCUCGAGGUUUUUAGGGUCGACACGGCGUUUUGAGGCUGGAUUUCUAAGAGCUUAAGGAGUUUGAGAGGUUCAAAUGGAAUUUACGAGAAUCUAGGUUUUCCGUCGACCGGUUUGAGCUGUUUUCUGAGCUUCGGAGUUGUUUACAUGAACACCGAUUCUUGAAAUUAGGCAAAGAUUGGUAAUGGGGGCGAGAAGGAAUUGAUUUUCUUUUAGAAUUUGAGAUUAGAAUGUAUGCACUUCGCCUUCGGGAUUGGUUCGGAUGUCUGUUCAAUGUUCUGAUCAAUAAGGGUUCGGAUUCACGGGAAAUUGGAGUCUGGAACUUUUGGCUCUUGCGAAUUGGGGUUCUUGGACAGUAAUUGUUAUUUUGUUGAUGGUCAUGGGAUAAAUGAAGAAGCUGGUUUUGGCGUUUUGGCACAAAACUUACCACAGAGGUUUUAUGGUGUGGAUUCGGUUGUUCUCUUGUGAUUACCCGGGUGGUCUUUUGUAUUGCUCGAAUGGGUUUCAUUUUGUGGGGGGAGUACCUGAUUCCACGACGUGAAUGGCAGAUCUGCUGAGGAGUAGUACCAUUGACAGGGAUGUUGAGCAGGAUGAGUCUACGCUGAUAUGGUACUCUGGUAAAGAUGAGAAGCAACUCAAACUUAGCAGUGUAUCAAGAAUUAUUCCUGGACAACGUACACGGUGCAUUGCGUUAUACCAUGCAUAAAGCCCGUUCAACUGAUAUUGAACCUUGGCUGGAGGACAUAAAAAAGGACAGGGUUGAGGUUCUGGACAUUAGGGCGAUAUUUCGGAGGUAUCCACGGCCGGAGAAGGAAUACCAAUCAUUUUCUCUUAUAUACAAUGAUAGAUCUUUGGAUCUGAUAUCCAAGGAUAAGGAUGAAGCUGAAGUCUGGUUUGUUGCUCUGAAAGCAUUGAUUUCACAUGGCAACUACCGGAAAUGGAGAUCAGAAUCUAGAAGUGAUAGAGCUUCCUCUGAUGCAAAUAGUCCAAAAACAUUGACCGGAAGAAUCUCCCCAUGGACUUCACAGUAUGAUAUUACUGAUAUCUUACAAAAGGAUCCUGGUGAUGCCCAACAAAUUCAAGUUCCAUUUGAGAAUCCUCCAAACAAUGAUUUGACAAAGGCAGUUUCUGAUGAGUUAUUAAACACAGCAGCUGCGAAAGGCUCCAAUCAGUCAGAUUCAGUCACUAAUUCUCGCAACUCACUUUCUUCUGGAGGUGGAGAUAACUUAAAUGGCCGGAGCUCUACAGCUGAUGACUUAAAUGGCCGGAGCUCUACGGCUGAUGACUUAAAUGGCCGGAGCUCUACGGCUGAUAACUUAAAUGGCCGGAGCUCUACGGCUGAUAACUUAAAUGGCCGGAGCUCUACAGCUGAUAAUCGAGUCAGUCUAUCUAGUGCUGUAAGUUCAUCAAGCCAGGGAUCAUGUCAUGAAGAUUUUGAUGCCAUAGGUGAUGUUUUCAUCUGGGGAGAAGGCCUAGGAGGUGGGGUUCUUGGUGGUGGUAUGCAUAGGGUUGGAAGUUUGUCUGCUGCCAAGAUGGACACACUUCUGCCAAAGGCUCUAGAAUCAGUGGUGGUGCUUGACGUGCAAAAUAUAGCUUGUGGAAGUAAGCAUGCUGUUUUGGUCACCAAACAAGGGGAGGUCUUUAGUUGGGGAGAGGAGUCGGGCGGAAGGCUUGGUCAUGGAGUAGAAGCUGAUGUGACCCACCCUAAGCUUGUCAAUGCACUCAGUGGGAUGAAUGUUGAACUAGUAGCAUGUGGAGAGUAUCAUACAUGUGCUGUUACACUGUCUGGGGAUCUUUAUACAUGGGGUGAUGGUACUCUUGAUUCUGGUAUUCUUGGGCAUGGAAAUGAGGCUAGUCACUGGAUUCCUAAGAGAGUAAGUGGUCAAAUGGAAGGUAUUCAUGUGUUGUCAGUUGCUUGUGGACCUCGGCAUACAGCUGUUGUAACCUCUGCAGGUCAACUGUUUACAUUUGGUGAGGGAACUUUUGGUGCUUUAGGCCAUGGAGAUCGUAAAAGUGUAAGCAUGCCAAGAGAAGUGGAAUCACUUACAGGACUGCGAACGGUGAGGGCAGCUUGUGGUGUUUGGCACACUGCCGCUGUUGUUGAAUUUUUGGAUGAGUCUUCUGGUACUGGUAUGCCAUCCGGAAAACUGUUUACCUGGGGUGAUGGGGAUAAAGGCCGACUUGGGCAUGGUGACAAUGAACCUAGACUUGUUCCAGCGUGUGUAGCUGCUUUGGUUGAGCCAAGCUUUUCUCAAGUGGCCUGUGGGAAUGAGAUUACUGUUGCUCUUUCAACCUCCGGGCGAGUCUAUGCGAUGGGGAGUACUGUGAAUGGACAGCUGGGAAAUCCUGAAGCUGAUGGAAAGGCCCCUUCUUGUAUAGAAGGCAAAAUUUGCCAGAGCAUUGUAGAAGAGAUAGCAUGUGGUUCCUAUCAUGUUGCAGUUUUGACUUCAAAAACUGAAGUUUAUACUUGGGGCAAGGGGGCAAAUGGACGCUUAGGCCAUGGGGACAAUGAUGACAGAAACACUCCAACCCUUAUUGAAGCUCUGAAGAACAAACAAGUUAAGAGUGUUGUUUGUGGUUCAAAUUUCACUGCUGCUAUCUGUCUUCAUAAAUGGGUGUCCAGUGCUGAUCAUUCCAUAUGUUCUGGCUGCCACAAUCAGUUUGGUUUCAGAAGAAAACGUCAUAAUUGUUAUAAUUGUGGGCUAGUCUUCUGCAAAGCAUGCAGCAGAAGAAAAUCUACAAAAGCUUCUUUGGCUCCAAAUAUGAACAAGCCUUAUCGUGUAUGUGAUGAUUGUUAUACAAAACUUAAGAAACUCAUUGAGGUUAGAUUGAUUUCUCGACCUGCAAAGAACUCAAGUGGAAGUACGACUCAGAGUUCUAAUGAAGUGGGAGAAAAAGAGUCUCCAGAUCCUAAGUCACUUAGGCAACUAUGCAGGCUCCUUUCACUUGGAUCCUUUAAGCAUACUGAUAUGCAAAAUUCCAAGUCCAACAGGAAAGCAGAAUCACGUAUUAGUCGCUUUUCUCCAUCCCUAGGUGGAAGUGCUCAAUGGGGGAACUUGUAUGCAUCAAGAUCUUCAAAUAAAAUAUUUUCUUCUUCUGUUCCCAGUUCAAGAAUGGUUUCUCGAGCAACAUCUCCUGUCUUGAUGAGGCCCAGUCCAUCUCGUUCAACAACAUUACCUCCAACUCCAACUGGCCUUACGUCUGCUGAAGUUGCUGUCAAUGAUUCAGAGCAGACAAAUGACAAGUUCAGCGAUGAAGUUGUUAAAUUGAGGGUGCAGGUAGAGGAUCUUACCCGUAAGUCCCAACUUCUAGAAGUUGAGCUAGAAAGAACGUUGAAACAAUUGAACAAGGCUACUUUAACUUCAAGGGAGGAAACUGCAAAAUGCAAGGCUGCCAAGGAUGUGAUUAGGUCUCUUACUGCACAGUUGAAGGAUAUGGCUGAUAGGGUUCCCGAAGGAUCACACACCUUCAAUGUUCCGAGCCUGGAUUCGAGUGAUAACUGUCUGAGCAGCGUAAAAGCUCCUCACGAACUCGAGUCCAAUGGCCAUCCGAGUAAUCCGCAGCUGUGCAACGGAACCAAGAACCUGACAGAAGAGGUUGAAUGGGUAGAACAAGAUGAUCCGGGCGUGUAUAUAACUCUUUCGCCCUUGCCCAGAGGUGGUCAAGAACUCAGGCGGGUUCGCUUCAGUCGAAAAAAGUUCAGCGAGAAACAAGCAGAGAAAUGGUGGGCCGAAAACAAGGAGAGGGUGUAUAAGAAGUACAACCGCACCACAGAAAAGUCCAUAGGUGGUCCUGUAUCAGCGUUGGAUGAAAAAGAUGGCCCGGCUGACUGACACUACUGGUAUACAAGGCCUCCCACUCAACUGGAAUAUGUCAAUUCUUUUUCCUCGUAUUUUUUAUUCUUUCUUUCAAAUGUAUCACUAUUACUUUCUCUAAAAGGAAAUCCAGAGAAAAUUUUGCCCAUAUCCACACUAGUUCUGAAACAUGUAAGAUGCUGAUGGUUAGCUCCGCCUGACAAUUCAUCAGGUACUCGGCAGGGUGAUUUGUGAACUAAACAUCAGUUUUUGGUGUUUGAAAUUUUUUAGCCGCAGAUGACAUGUAAUAUUGACAUAUUCGA